GCAUUUUUAUUUAUAAUAGUUUUGAAUAAUAGUGAAAAUGGUUGGAGACGAGGAUUUUCCCAGAUCUGAUUUGAAAGAUGGAGUUAAAACUUUGGAUAUAAAAAAGAAGUCACUUUUAUCCAAAUUCCAAAAGAAUAAAACCAACAAACCAUCUAAGAAAGAUGAAGAAGAUAUUAGUGAGGGGAUUUUUGGCUCAAACUGCUCAGAUGAUGUAAAAUUACCCACUUUGGAUUCCUUUACUCCCGGGACACUUGUUUUGGGCUCUGUAGCCUUAGUUUGUCCCUAUGGUCUAAGGAUUCACCUACUUAAUAAUAUUGUUGGUUUUGCUAAAUACACUGAUCUUUUUGAUUCAGCUGAUUCUAGUUCAAACAACAGUAAUUUGGGUCAUGAUCGUGAUAAUAAGUUAAAUUCUCCCUUCAAAGUCGGCUCCACAGUAAUUUGUUACGUUUUAAAGGUUAAUUACAGUUAUUUAUCACUUAGUCUAAAGCCUUCUCUUAUCAAUAGGGAUUUGAGGGUUGAUAAUAUGUACCCAGGGCUGGUUUUACCGGCAACCGUAGUAUCACAAGAAGAUCACGGCCUUUCAAUUAAAUUUAACACAUUAAGCACCUUGAAUGGGUUCGUAAAGUACGAUGAGCAAGGUAGAGAAUCGGUUAAAAAUAUUUUGAAGACGAAUUAUCCCAUAAACUCGACUGUGUAUGUAUCAGUGGUGACAGUAAACAGUGAAAGGGAAUUUGUUAAGUGUCAGUGGCCCUGGCAUUACAAGACCCCAGCUAACACUGAUACUAGUCUAGUGUUUGAUAUGCUAAAACCAGGACUUCUAUUAACAGCAGAAGUUUUAAAUGUCCACAGUUUACCAUUAGAGGCAUCCAACAAGUCCAUUUUUGCAGGUUACACUGUCAAAUGCCUCGGAUCAAUUAAGGCCCCAAUAUCUUCAUUACACUCAAUCACUCACGAUAUUCUCUCAAAUGAAGUUGAAAUGGAAGAUUUGUAUAGUUUGGUAGGGGAAAUGGUAGAGUGUAGGAUAAUAUACGUAGAUUUUGAAAGUAAAAAACUCUACCUCUCAAUGCAAUCCCAGAUACUUAGAUGGAGAGGACCGUUAGGUCAAGCCUUUAAACCUAUCCCUAACAAGAUUAUCAAAUGUAAAAUCAUACAAUGCUUCAGCUCUGGAUUUUUACUGGAAUCUAUUCCUCCCGCUGGUGACGAUAUUAAUAACGCAGAUAAGAGAGUUUUACACUGUUAUUGCGCUAUUGGUGAUGUGUUGGAUGAUAAAUCAUUGACAGAGGAAACAAUAUUUUCGUCGAACAAAUAUUCUGUAGGAUCAGAGCAUGAGUGCAGAGUGAUAGAAUUUGACCACUUUACAAGGCUAACUAGGGUAUCGUUGAAGAGUUCACUGAUUAGCGAAGACUAUGUGACUCCAUUUGAAUUGUCAGCUUCAGACAUUGUGACGGGCAAAAUUAUAAACCUUGUCAAUACCGGUGCGAUAGUACAGAUUUCAAGUUUAGUAUUCGGAAAAGUACCUCUCGGUCACCUCACUCAAUUUCCUGUGUCGAAAUUACCAGAAGGUUUUAAGGUAGGAAAGAAUCUUAAGCUCAGAGUACUUAAGUUCGACCACCCACAUAAUAAACUUAUUCUAACAGCUAAAUGGCUGAUGGUGGAUGACACAGAUCCUGUGGUUAAAUUUGACCAACUACACGUUGGAAAACAAUUAAUAGGAUACGUGACCACCUCAAACGAUACAUUAUAUACAAUCAGUCACUUGGAUUCUGAAUCUACACAUUCAGAUGAACUUGGAGAUCUAAAAGAUACUAAAAGUCAGCAAAAGAUUUAUGUAAAAUUCUAUAAUGAGUUGAAAACAGUGUUGAGUUCAGAGGAAGUGAAGAAGGCGAAGGAGUUAUCUGUUGAUUUAAAAACAGACUCGGUUGUAAAAUGUGCAGUUACGAGAGUUGAUAGAGAUAAGAAGGUCUUUUCAGUGACCAUAGAUGAGAUAAAAAUAUCAAAAUUACUUGAAAACAAGGAUACCACUAAGAAACCGAGGCGAGAAAAGAGAAAACUACUCUGUAAAGAAAUUUUCAAGGAUUAUAAAACUAAAAAGAAACUCAAGACUAAAUAAUUCUUACUUUUA